AUGUCAGAAGGUUCUUUCUCAAAUAACUUUACCAAUAUGAUGACCAGGGGUGUUAUCACUUAUCAUCAGAAAUUUGUGUAUGAUGAGUUAAGUGGUUUUUUUCCUGACGGAAAAGGAGAAAUACAGAGUCUUGCAUCAGCAAUGAUUGCAAACCUAAAUAAGAAACUAGUUGACAGAUCGUUGAUUGGGCAACGUUGUGAUUUCAGGAUUACUUGUGAUGGCUUUGAGGCAGUUAUUGGACUGCGAUCAGGAGGACUACCCAAAGCCUGUAGUUCAAAAAGAUGGAAUGAUAAAGUCGACCUCAUGGUUGCUAUGCGUGAUGUCUUGCUCCAGGAAGCAAUAGAAAACAAUGGUGUGGGAUGUUUUUACUACAACUUGUAUGCAUUGGAUUGGAAGGCAAGAGGACUGUGGCGGUUAGGCCUCUUGAAGAAGACAAAGUUGCCUCAAUCAAACAAUCAAUUAUUAAUGAUUGAAAAGUUAACAACAUUGCUGUUGCGAAUAGAGUCAACUUUAAACCACAUUGUGACUAUUCGGGAUGAGCUGGUAGUCAAGGCAUCACAGUUGCACCGAGAUCGAUGCAGCUUAGUUCAUUCCAAACCAUACACGUUUGCUGAGCAAGGACGUGUAAGACGUAAACGUAUUCAAAAAGAUAGUUAA